AUGAGAUAUUGGAAGGCUGGUAGCGAUUGCUGUUUGUGGGACGGAGUCACUUGUGAUAUGGCAACAGGUCAUGUAGUGAGCCUAGACCUCAGCAGCAGCUGGCUUAAUGGGCCUUUGCGUUCUAACAGCAGCCUUUUCAGGUUGCUUCAUCUCCAUAAGCUCAACAUUGCCUACAAUGACUUCGCCUCAAGCCCCAUCCCAUCUGAGUUGGGCCAACUGUCCAGGUUAACCCAUCUCAAUCUCUCUUUUUCUAAAUUUUCAGGGCAUAUUCCUUCUGAAAUCUCAAAGCUGACAAAUCUUAUGUCAUUUGAUCUUUCUGAUUGGUAUGGUAAUAACUUAUAUAUAAGAGAAGGGGAGGUCGAAAGGCUUAUCCAGAACAUGACCAAUUUAAGACUCCUUAACCUAGAUGGAGUGGAUCUUUCUUCUUCACUGGUGCCUCAAUCCAUGGCAAACCUCUCUUUCUUGACACAUCUAUCUCUUUGGAAUUGUGACUUGCAUGGCAAAUUUCCACAGAAUGUCUUCCAGUUGCCUAACAUACAAUCCGUUGAGCUAUCAGAAAAUAUGGAUCUUACAGGUUCUAUUCCGGAGUUUAAUUCUAGCAAUAAUCUAAUGUCAUUGGUUAUUCGCGGAACCAGUUUCUUCGGGAAAUUGCCCGAUUCAAUUGGCAACCUCAAGUACUUGAAUGUUUUGAAUCUUGAAUCCUUUUCAGGGACAGUUCCUUCUUCCCUUUGGAACCUUUCUAAACUUGUAGAGCUCGACCUCUCAUUCAGCUAUUUCAAAGGUCAGUUGCCAUCUACUCUAGGGGACCUUCCAAACCUCAUUUCACUUAAUCUCGGUGAUAAUGAAUUUGGUGGUGAAUUACCUUCUUCCAUUCAAAAUCUCCCACAGCUGCAAUAUUUAAACCUUGGAAAGAAUAAUUUCGAUGGUCAAAUUUCAACUUCAUUUGGAAAUCUGACCCAGCUAAACUAUUUGGAUCUUUCACAUAAUUUUUUCCAUGGCAAAUUCCCAAAUCCAAUGGCAUUUCCGUAUCUUAUUGAGGAGAUUGAUUUUGGAUACAAUAAUUUGACAGGUUCAAUCCCAUCGUACAAUCUUAACUUGUCCUUCCUUUUUUCCCUUGCUCUGUCAAACAAUUUAUUUACUGGAGUCAUUCCUUCUUCUUUAUUUGCAAUUCCUUCUUUGGUAUACCUAUAUCUGGAUGGCAAUCAGUUCACAGAUUUGGACAUCUCUAAUUCAUCCCAAUUAGACACUCUGUCUUUGUCCAACAAUUUAUUUACUGGAAUCAUUCCUUCUUCUUUAUUUGCACUUCCUUCUUUGGGAUACCUUGAUUUGGGUGACAAUCAGUUCACAGACUUGGCCAUCUCUAAUUCAUCCAAAUUACACAUACUGUCUCUGUCCAACAAUUUAUUUACUGGAGUCAUUCCCUCUUCUUUAUUUGCAAUUCCUCCUUUGGUAUCCCUAUAUCUAGAUGACAAUCAGUUCACAGACUUAGACAUCUCUAAUUCAUCCCAGUUAGAAAGUUUUUCUUUAAGUGGAAACAGAUUAAGUAGACUUAUUCCAAGAUCCAUAUCCAAAUUGAAAAAGCUGAGAGAACUUCAACUUGAUUCAAAUAAUUUAAGUGGCAGAACUGAUUUUGGCAUUUUCUCAGAGAUGACAGACCUCAAGUUUCUUGAUCUUUCAUAUAACAGCCGCCUAUCCAUAGCAAAUAUGAGUUUGGCUUCUGCACUCCCCCAGUUCCAUGGACUCUCUUUAUCCUCAUGCAACAUAAGUGAAUUUCCAGAUUUCCUUAAAACACAACAUGAAUUACAGUUCUUAGAUCUUUCCUGCAAUAGGAUUGGCGGCCCGAUACCAAAAUGGUUCUUGAGCAUUGGCACAAAAACCUUGCAACAACUCAAUCUUUCUCACAACUCCAUUAGCGGUUGGGAAGAAAUCCAAUCAUUAAUUCUUCCAUGGAAGGUAUUAGAGUCUCUUGAUAUGAGGUCCAAUGUUUUGCAAGGACCACUGGUCGUUCCACCUAUGUCCAUCCAGUCCUUUUUUAUCUCAAACAAUAGCUUAAUUGGAAGAAUUGAUCCAUUGUUCUGUAAAUUGAAGAAUCUGAGAACACUUGAUGCAUCAAAUAAUCGACUAGAUGGCACCAUUCCUCUAUGUUUUCGCAACAUGGGCAAUUCGGAGGAAGCCCCAUCUGUUCUUCCAUGGAAGGGAUUGCAGUAUCUUGAUCUGCGUUCCAACAUGUUGCAAGGACCACUUGUUGUUCCACCAAUGUCCAUAACAUCCAUUUUAAUCUCAAAUAACAGUUUGAUUGGAAGAAUUGAUCCAUUGUUCUGUAAAUUAAGGAAUCUUAUAAUACUUGAUGCAUCAAAUAAUCAUCUAACUGGUACUAUUCCUCAAUGUUUGGGUAGCUUCGAUAGUUCUCUUACAAUACUGAAUCUUCAAGGAAACAAGCUCCACGGCGAUAUGCCUUAUACAUGUGGAGAUGGAAGCCAAUUGUUGACAUUGGACUUGGGCCACAACUAUUUACAAGGGAAGAUUCCACAGUCUCUAAUUAAAUGCCAAGAGCUAGAAGUUCUAAAUCUGGGCCAUAAUAAUAUGAGUGACAAAUUUCCUUUCUGGCUACAAAAUUUGCCAAAGCUGCAGGUUCUCAUAUUAAGUUUUAAUAGAUUUUACGGUCCAAUAUGGGGUCCUCGCAACUUUAGGGGCUUUGUGAACUCCCGUAUCAUUGAUUUAUCUUUCAAUGCUUUUUCAGGGAGUUUACCAUCACACUACUUUAAAAAUUGGACUUCUAUGAUGGAAUCUUCUAAGAAAAAUAGGUCAGAGUUGAAAUAUACUGGUGAGGGUUAUUACCAAUACUCUUUGACUUUGAUGAACAAGGGACAAGAAAUGAAAUUGAUCAAGAUACUUACAAUCUUUGUAGCCAUUGAUCUCUCCAACAAUAGACUUCGUGGAGAAAUUCCAACUACAAUAGGAGAUCUUCAAUCUCUAAUUGUACUUAACUUGUCCAGUAAUUGUUUCACAGGGGCCAUUCCUUCAUCUCUAGGGAAUCUCAUAGAGCUUGAAUCCUUGGAUCUCUCAAACAAUAAGCUUUCAGGUGUAAUACCUCAACAGUUAAUCAAUCUCACAUUUCUUGGAUACUUGAACUUAUCCGUAAACCAUCUCACUGGUCUAAUACCGCAAGGUGGACAAAUCUGGGUAUUUCCAGGUUCUUCUUUUGAGGGGAAUUGGGGAUUAUGUGGUCUUCCACUGGCACAAAAAUGUGGAACUAUCUUACCAACUUCCCACUUUCAUAAGAUAUCAUCCGACUCACUAUUAUCCGGUUUUACUUGGAAAGUUGUAGUGAUGGGGUUUGGAUGUGGACUGAUAAUUGGAUUGGUCGGAGGACAUAUCAUCACCUUAAUAAGGCCAAAUUUUAUGUUCAUAAUCUUUGGUGUGCUGCCACAAAGGAGACUAAGAUGA